CUUUCACUUCGCCAUUUCACAGAAUCCUUUUAUCCGUCAUUGGCCAUUAUUCUGAAGAGUUCUGAAUUCCGGAUUUACUAUGCAUGAAGAGCCAAGGGAAUCCCGCCGUCUUUCACACCCUAGUUUCCUUCGUUUACUUCAUCAGUGCUCGACCUGUUGCGGUCAAGUCUCGAACGACUGACAGUAAACCAGCAGUGUAGUUUCUCACCACCAGAUGGCUCUUUCACCAGCUCUGACGCUCCAGCCUUCGGUCUCGAACCGCAUCCGCGUGUCACGGCGACCCUGCGGGGACGACAUUGCCAGCCAGCACGCCACAUCACACGCAACAUCGGUCCCCAUUCAUCGACGCUCUCUCCGCCUCACGAGCGCAUUUCUGAGCAGGCAUGGGAAUAAUUUUUCUCAAGGAGUCAGUGAACCAGGUCGUGCGGUGGUGGAAUUAGGCGACCCCGAGUAUUCAGGAAGGAGAAUCAGCGGAACUAGCGGCGGUAGGGGAGGUAGUGGAGCAAUCGGAGUGCGAGCGGAAUCCGUGGACCCUAUAGUGCAAUUUUCGGCUGACGAUUUCUCAGUGGAGCGGCUGCUUGGCACCCUCGACUUCAUGAGCGUGUCCAGCUACUCCAUGCCGCCAGGGUCGUCCUCAUCCACGUCAGCACUGUCAUCGCUGACGUGGCCGGGCUCCCGCGAGGACACGGCAGCAGGGCUGAGCGAGAGGGAUAUCAACAGGCUGGCGGGAGGCGGGCAGGAGGUCGGCCGGGGAGGCGUGCAGAUCAGAAUGUAUCGGGGACGCAUGGUGACCCCAGGGGAGCGCUUGGGCACGCGGGUGCUGCUGAAGGCGUAUCCAGGCAGGGAGGCAGCUGCCAAGGCUGUGGAUGUGGACGCCAUGGCGGCCAAUGAGCUCGUGACACAUGUCGCGCUGCAGCAGGCCCAGGAUGAGGCGCAAGACGAUGCUGUGGAUGUGUCAAGCAACGUGCUUGUGCUGCUGGGGGGCUUUGAAACCAGCACAGGAGAGAAGUGGUUAGUGAUGCGGGACAAUGGCUACAUCACUGCAGCAGACUACUCUAAGGCUGCUUCCGAAGCUACUGCUGAGGCUCGGGCCCUGGGGGACUUCGAGGUCUGGGACAGGUUCGACCCUGCCAGGCCUCUGUUUCGGCGGGAGGUCUUCAUCCGGAAGCUUCUGAGAGGGUUCCUCCAGGGGCUUUCCUUUAUGCACUCCAAAGGCCGCCUGCACCAAUCCAUUGGGCCGGCAUCGGUUGUCCUCAACACCAUCAACGAGAUGGACGUUCGCUUCCUGGUUCCACGCCUCAGAGACUUUGCGUUUGCCAUCGACAUCAGCAACCCGGCAGUGCUAUCAGCAGACGUGGGCCGCUCCUUCGACGCUGUGGACGAGGUCAAGGACAGCCUGUGGCGCCGCGCCGCCACUUCUGGGGCCAAGUCUUUCCUCGAGCGCCGCUCCUUUGGUCUUGCCGAUGACAUCUAUGCAGCAGGUCUCCUGGUGGCAUACAUGGCGUUUGUGCCUCUUUGUGCUCCGGGGGCCAUCGACGGCCCAUCAUUGCAGAGGCUCCUGGAGACCACCUUCUCUCUGAACAUGCAAGCAGCACGAGAGUACUGCUCAGCCGACGACCGGUGGGCGAAUGCAGUGGCGCUUUUGGAUCGCAAAGACGGGGCGGGCUGGGAGCUGCUGCAGGCCAUGCUGAACCCGGACUACCGCAAACGGCCCUCUGCAGACUCCGCUCUGCAGCACCGCUUCUUCGACCUUCCGUAACACAUGAGCAACGACCAUGCUUUGCAAGCGAGCAUUAUGAGCGGAAUUGAUUAUCGUGCAUCAAGUACCACAUUUAUGGCGGUUAUAUUUGUAUCGGUGUAUGCACUAUAGGCAUUCCCUUACUCGGAGGUGUACGUUGUCUUACACAGUGUACUCGUCAGCUCUGGUUCUGUCCCAUGCGAAGUGGUCAGUGGUCAUUCCAUGACCCCACACAAACGCUCAGGAUGGGAAGGUCACAUAUAAGAUUUACAUAUAGACCAUGAAUGCAGUAAUUCCUAGUAGGCAGCAAUGCAUAUUGGACUCUCCAAACCAGGGGUGGUUUUUGUCAAACAUACCCUACAAACAUAUAUUGUAUGUUACAGUAGAUUAUAAAGGGUUGUGCCUUAGGGAGUACAACCCAUUAGGCUAUAUACCCCUGUAUGCCCUGUUCUAG